AUGUCUGUCUUCUUCAAAGACAUCUCCACGGGCAAUCCCGUGCAGCAAGGCGAUGUCGAAAGGCUGCUCGAGCCGCUCGGCCUGACAAUCAAAGCCGAAGAGUCGGCCGAUUAUCAGAGACUGCUGGCUGCGGUGCACGAUUGCGCAACUCGUAUCGACAGCCUCCCAGACUACCAACCGGCACCCGACACGAAACGAUACCCCCGAGAGAAUGUACAUCUUCCCACGGCAGAAGAGCAAGAGUUUGGGCAUGCGUGGGCCUAUCGGUUCUUGAUCAGAGGCGACGACUUGGCUUCAAGCCCGUCAUCAGUCUCCUUGAAAGGGAAGACUGUGUGCUUGAAGGAUUGCAUCGCCGUAGCAGGUGUUCCGCAAUUCUUUGGCACCGACGCCUUCCCUCCUUGGACCCCAUCUACAGAUGCGACAGUGGUGACCCGAGUGCUGGAUGCUGGAGCCGAUAUUCUCGGCACGGCUACCUGUGAGCAUUUUUGCAACUCGACGGCAUCCUUCACCAGUGCACAAGGCACCAUUGAGAACCCCUACAAGCAAGGCUACUCUACUGGUGGCAGCACCUCUGGAGGUGCCGCCCUUGUCUGUUCAGGAAAGAUUGAUAUCGCGCUCGGCACAGAUCAAGGCGGUAGCAUUCGAGUUCCCGCCUCAUUUUGCGGCUGCGUUGGUGUGAAGCCGACCCAUGGCCUGGUACCAUUUACGGGUAUCACGAGCGGCGACGCCAUCGAUGACCAUGCGGGACCCAUAUGUCGUUCGGUCACAGAAGCGGCUCAAUGCCUCGAUGUGAUCUCCGGCUAUGACGGCAUCGACGACAAAUCUCUGGGCGCUGCGGCUCAUGGCUCCUACAACUUUUCUGUUUCUCUGGAAGCCAGCUCUGGCCGUUUGGACGGAAUCAGGAUUGGUCUUCUGAAGGAAGGCUUUGACCAGGACAUUGUUGAUCCUAGAGUUAGGGAGCACGUCCUUGGGGCUGCUCGGAAAUUGGAGUCCUUGGGGGCAAUUAUAGAGGAUGUAUCAAUCCCUCUUCAUCUGGAAGGUCCUUCAAUAUGGACGAUCCAACAACGAAUUGCGGGCUCCUCUGGCAUCCUGGGGAGAGCUUCGGGACACAGGGGUCUUGGUCUGACUGAGUUCGAAAAGGCACGGCUCCCUUGGGCCGACUCGAGCUUCCAAAAGCUCUUCCCUUCGACGAAGAAUACAUUCAUCAACGGCUUGUAUCUUUCAGACAGGUUCCCGGGUCUUUACAGCAAAACCGUCAAUAUCGGUCGGCAAAUCAGUGACGCCUUUCAAAGCAAGUUUGAAACUUACGAUGCCAUCAUCAUGCCAACAACACCUUUCGUGGCACCAAGACAUGGGUCUCGGGAGUCUGUGUUAGGCUCAUUUGAACCCACUAUAGGAUUGACAACAAAUACAGCCGUUUUCAACGUUACCGGGCAUCCAGCCAUGUCAAUACCCGUGGGGUUUCUUGCCGCUAAAGACAACGCCCAGGUCUUACUUCCUGUAGGCAUGCAAAUUGUCGGAGGGCUAUGGCAAGAGAAGAAGAUUCUGACCAUCGCACAUGCAUGGGAGGCCAACUUCGACUGGAAGAGCAACAUGAGCAACACUGAAGCAUCUGAAUCGGUUCCUGAGACUCUGACGGCCGGCACAAAUGCCAUAGUCAAUGGCAGAACGAUGCCCGAGGUGAAUGGCACAACUUCACCAAACCUGAAGCGUGUAAAGAUAUCCGUUUGA